CAUAAAGUUUUUGCGAAGAUGGGGAGCAAGACUAUUUUGAAUGGUUUUGUGUUGUUGGUGUUUGUUGGAUGGCUUUUCAUAUGGGUAAUGUUACCUACACCUACUUACAAAAAUUCAUGGACUCCCCAUCUACUAAUCAACCUCGACUCUACAUAUUUCAGGGAACAAGGGAUAAAUCUUCUUUUAUUUACAUUUCCCAUAAUGUUGAUAGCCGCUGUGAGCUGUGUCUAUCUUCAUCUUUACAGCAAGUCAACUUCUGAUCACAGUAGUACUAAUAAAGGGCGAGAAUAUUUUGGUUCAUGGAGACGGCCACGGCUCGUGAUGGAAUCUCUUGGAAUUGUAAACGCCGUUGAACUUAUUUUUGCUGCUAUGUUUACCCUUCUUCUUAUUUGGUCUUUAGCCAACUACAUCUAUAUCAGCUAUCGUAAUCUCUAUAUCAUGAAUCCCGCCGAAAAAGUGUGGAUGACGAAGUUUAGAAGUGUAGCAUUGAGGCUUGGGUAUGUUGGGAAUGUUUGCUAUGCGUUUUUGUUUUUCCCAGUGACUCGAUUGUCGUCAAUAUUGCCGCUGGUGGGGCUAACUUCGGAAUCAAGCAUCAAAUAUCACAUAUGGCUAGGCCAUAUAUCUAUGGCCCUUGCAGUUCUUCAUAGUGUUGGAUUUGUCAUAUACUAUGCUGUGUCUAAUCAAAUGAUACAGAUGAUAGAAUGGAGCAGUUCGUACGUAUCGAACGUAGCUGGAGAAAUAGCGACUUUGGUUGCAAUAGCAAUGUGGGUUACAAGUUUGUACAAGAUAAGGAGAAAGAUGUUCGAUUUAUUCUUCUACACACAUCAACUAUAUACUCUCUACAUCAUCUUCUACCUUUUGCAUGUUGGAGUUGCCUACACAUGCAUGAUCCUACCUGGGAUUUUUCUCUUCCUUAUCGAUCGAUAUUUGAGAUUUUUACAGUCUAAAAGAAGUGCUAGAUUAAUUUCUGCACGACUUUUACCUUGUAGCACUUUUGAACUCACCUUUUCCAAGAAUCCAGCAUUAACGUACAACCCUACAAGCAUCUUGUUUGUGAACGUGCCAAGUGUAUCCAAGUUGCAAUGGCAUCCAUUUACUAUUGUUUCAAGCAGUAAUUUGGAGACAGAUAAACUAAGUGUUGUAAUUAAAUGCAUGGGAAGUUGGAGUCAAAAAUUAGAAAAACAGCUUUCUUCUUCUCCUGAUCGUCUUCAAAUCUCAACAGAGGGACCCUAUGGACCUUCAUCAUUUCAUUUCUUAAGUCGAGAAUGCUUGGUGAUGGUUAGUGGAGGAAGUGGAAUUACUCCCAUGAUUUCAAUAUUUCGAGAGCUCAUUUACAGAAGUACACUUCAACCAAACACCAAAGUACCAAAAGUCAUCCUAAUUACAUCCUUCAAGAACACAACCGAUCUCACAAUGCUUGAUCUCUUGCUCCCUAUCUCCACAACUCCUUCCAAUAUCUCCAAUUUAGAUUUCCAAAUCGAAGCUUAUAUCACUAGAGAAAACGAACCACAACAACACGAUCAUAACAACCAGCUGGAAUUAGCUUCCAAGUCGAAACAACAACUACUAGUGUUCAAACAAAAUCCGAAAGACUCUCCUAUUUCAGCAGCACUCGGGAAAAGCAGCUGGCUCUGGCUUGGCGCGAUAAUUACUUCGUCAUUCUUCAUGUUUCUCCUUUUGUUAGGCCUCGUUACGCGUUACUCCAUAUAUCCAAUUGAACGCGAUGGGAAAUUGUAUCAUUACAGCGCGAAAAUUAUUUGGGAUAUGUUUUUGGCUUGUGCUUCGAUAUUUAUUGGCACUAGCGUUAUUUUUAUGUGGCAAAAAAGGGAGAAUGAAAUUGAAGGGAAACAAAUUCAGAAUGUGGAAAUUCCUACUAAUCCUACAAAUUCACCUGUUGGUAAUUUAUGUUGUACGGAAAGGGAGCUGGAAAGCCUUCCUCAACAGUCAAUUGUGCAAGCUACUAAGGUGCAUUAUGGUGCUAGACCUGAUCUAAAAAGAAUACUUUUUGGUUGCAAAGCAUCAGACGUUGGAGUUGUAGUUUGUGGGCCAAAGAGCAUGAGACAUGAGGUUGCCAAUAUAUGUGCUUCUGGCUUGGCACAAAACCUACAUUUUGAGUCUAUCAGCUUUAAUUGGUGAUGCUCUCUGCUUGCUUCUACCACAAAAAACAAGGACGUAUGUAUUGUCUUUUACUAUAGUUUUUUCUGUUUUCUUUGGCUUUUGGAUUAUUUGGUUGUGUGCAAGUUUCUGAAAUAUGGUUUAAAAAGUUGUGUUGUACAGUAUAUAUAAUCUGGUCAAAAGUUGUAUAAAAUGAACAUGUUUGCUUGAAAGGUUUAUCUUUGUAAUUGAAUUUGAAUGUAAUUAAGUGUAAUUACUAUUUAUACAGUUUGAUA